AUGGUCGAUGAUCUAGGGUCUUCAAAAGUGAUGCUGAAGAGUCUAACCAAAGUAGAAGACGAUGAAAAGAAAGCGAAGAAAGAAAAGAAGAAAAAAGAGAAAGAAGAAAAAAAGGAAAAGGCUAAAGAGAAAAAAGAACCGAAAAAAGUCGAAAUAAAGAAAGAUCCAGUUAAAACGGCGGAAGCCGAAUACCAGGCCAUGAGAAAAAAGAUGGACGAACUGAAAAAAAUUGCCAUGGAAACAGGUAUACUAGAAGAAAAAGCUCACGUGGAAGAGGGUCCGAAAAAGAAAAUGUCCAAGAAGGAGAAAGCAAGGCAGACAGCUGAAAUGGCCGAAAAGGCCAGACAAGAGAUGGAGGCUCAAAUGAAAAGGUUGGAAGAAAUGGUAAAGAAGAAAGCGGAAGAGGAUCGACUGGCGGCCAUCGAAAAUGAGAGAAAAGAUGCGGUGGAACACGCUCUGAGACUGGAACAGUUGCGGGACUCGUUCAAUUUGAUUCAAGACAUAUCUGAUUACGCUGCUCAGAAAAUCCAAGAAGAAAAUGAACAACUCGAGUGGAAAAAGUAUCUGGCGUGUGAAAAGCUACCGAAUGCCGCGAUGUGUGAUCAAAUGAACACUUAUCUGCAUCUCUGGGAUCAAGAAUUGGAAGUAACCACCGUAGACCUCGCCUCGCAAAGAACACAAGAUGUCUUAACCCUACUACGAACCUUGGAAGAAUUGAUCGAUACAGGAAGCAACGAAGACAAUAGCAAGCUCGAAAACUGGAUAUGGAUCCGGCAACUCUUCAGGGAGUACCAAACGGCCAGCUUGGACGUUGCCACGUACAAGCUGUUGCGCAACGUCGAACAUAACCUCAACAGAAUCAACAUUCCCACCGCCGAUUUCAGUUUCAAGGACGAUUUCGUCACGCUCUGUAUAUGGUUGAGGGUGAUGCUGCCCAUUCCGUUACCGAACCCAAGGAGACCACCUAAGCCUCGAAUUGAUGUUAAUUUUGAAUUAAUGGAAACAAGUAUUCUAUUUCCUGCCGCAAUCGAUUGUGAAAAUGCAGCUAUAAGAGCAAUGUACCUUAAAUACGAUCACAUGAGCGAUCUGAGCGAAACCUUUCAUAUGCCGGACGUACCAAAGGAAUAUAAUAUGGACUUAUUGGAAGCUUCAAAGUACGAAUGGAGAGUAAACUUGAAGUACAAAUACGCCAACAGGGAUAAGAAAAAACCUCAACCGGUCGUACAAGAAGCUACGACAGAUCAGGAUGAUAAUUUAGGUCAAAAACAGACUACCGAAAGUCCCGAAGGAAAAACUGCAGAUACGGAGCCAGUGAUAGAACCACCAACUGAACCUGAAGAUUUCAAUUCCGACGAGGAAAUCCCGAUGGUACCGUUCAAACAAUUGAAACCCACUCCCAGUCAGCAUGUAAUAAUGCUGGAAGAUAAUCUAUAUAUGGAGACUAGAGAAAAACUACAAUAUAACCUACCGGAAGACGACAUAAAUUUAAGAGAAUUCGUUAUACUGGGAGGCGUCUAUCAUUUCAAUUUACUAGCACAGCCACCGCAACCUCAAGAUUUUAUUACUAUGGAGAUGACAAUAACAGGCUUAUACCUACCGAAGAAACUUGAAGUACUACCGUUUAAGGUGGUUUACGUACCCUAUGUCCCACCCGCUGAACCUGAGCCCACGCCUGUACAAUCACUCACUCGCAGCCUUAGUAUGAGCCUUCGAAAAAUGCCGGAAGAAGUUGAAGACGAAACUAAGAAACAAGAAGAAGCCUUAGACAAACUGAUCGCCGUUAAUAUCAAAUGGCCGCAGCACGUGAUUUUUCUGGAACUGCCGGUGGUGUGUAGGUGGGACGAAGAGAAGAAACUCUGGUCCAAGGAGGAGAUUUUAGAUGUUAGACACAACGAAGAGAAAUGUAUCAUCAGUUUCCGUACUGGAGUAUUUGGAAUUUACGGUCUGGCCACCUACAGAUAUGCCAAUUUGCCGUUCCAGGCCUACGACAUUAAACCCGAAGAAGAUGGAUCAGUUACUGUACAGUUAACAGCAGCGAUACUGAUGCUGGAAUUUAACAUAAAAAACGGACUGAUCUGCAUUUCUCAGUUACAAAACAGUCCGAAUAUGACGUUACAGGACGUAGUUGGGACAUAUUAUAAGCUAAAUAUUCUUAAAAGGUUAAUGAAGGAAUCUGGCAUCGAUAUAUUUCCAGCUUUUGAUGCAUUCUGUUACGUAAAAGGCACGAGCGAAAAACAGUGGCCUAUGGAGAAACAUUUGUAUUAUAAUAUCGCCCAAAUUUCAAAUUCUUUCAAUUUUUCCUGGUCAAGGUGGAACGUGCAAGCUGGCCGAAGAAAAAUCGUGUUGCAAAUGAGGCAGUACCUACCCGAUAAAGGAAAACAGAAAAACCAUCAAAUGCUUCUGGUAACACCUUUAAAAGCCACUUUUAUCGAUUGUACCGAAGUUAGUCAGGUAUUCUCUGAAAAAGAAGUGGAAUCGUUAAAAUUUUGUGCCGAUUUGUAUCAUCUGAUGAAGACAACCAGCGGUAUUUUCAUAAGAAACAAGGUAACAAAGGCUUCCAAAGACAGCGUUUGUACGCUCGCACAGUUUCUGAUAUCGACAAGAAUAUUCAGUUUUUCAUAAUUAUACAAAGAAAUAAUAUGAAUAUAUCAUCACUA